CCCAUCUAAACUCGCAGUGUGGUGGUUGUGUGCGAGGCAGAGACGAGGAAAGAUGGCGACGCAGGAGAGCCAGGAGGCGAAAGACGCCGUCAGCAUUUGCGAGGUGAGCAGUAACAGUAAUGGAAGUGCUACAUCUACAAACAGCCAGACACUGCAGACAGCUGGAGAUGCACAGGACCCACAACAACAACAACCACCGCAACAACCACCGCCACCCAAUGCCUGGCAGGUCAUUAAAGGUGUCCUUUUCAGAAUUUUUAUAAUCUGGGCUAUCAGUAGCUGGUUCCGUCGAGGGCCUUCCACUCCCGACCCCAGUACACCUGCCGGGGCACCCAGAGUUCCCAGCAGGAACCUCUUUCCAAAGGAAACCCUCAUGGACCUGUACGUGUACAUCUCCCAGGAAGAGGUGUUCACAGACUUCAACAACACAGAAGCUCUCUUCUGGUUCAACCGAGAUGUGGUUUAUGGAGACUGGAGUACAGGGGAGGAAGGGGAUGGCUGCUAUGAGCAGUACAAGGAGAUUGAUAUCCCAGAGGUGGUGCAGCAGAACGGCUCCCUCUUCAUACACGUCUACUUCACUAAAAGUGGAUUGCACCCGGACCCUAAGCGCAAAGGGCAGUAUCGCAGACUGUCAACAGUUUAUACAACACGAAUGUUGAACAAAUUCAAGCGCAGGAAGUUUAUGAAGACCAAGAAUCUGCUCACAGGAGAAACCGAGGCAGAUCCAGAGAUGAUCAAGCGGGCAGAGAGCCAUGGUCCAGUGGAGAUCAUCUCCCACUGGCAUCCCAACCUCACCAUCAACAUGGUGGAUGAUCACACAGCCUGGGUCAAAGGCUCUGUGCCACCUCCGCUAGACCAGCAUGUUAAGUUUGAUGCGGUAAGUGGCGACUACUACCCUAUUGUCUAUUUCAAUGACUACUGGAACCUUCAGAAGGACUACUAUCCCAUCAACGAGACCUUGACCAAACUGCCGCUGCGUCUCAGCUACUGCCCACUGUCCUUGUGGCGCUGGCAGCUAUACGCUGCGCAGAAUGCUCGCUCAAUGUGGAACUUCCUGCCCGAGGACACCUAUGAGCAGUCUGACGAGGAUCAGGACUCUGUCAAGGUGGCCUUGCUGGAAACCAACCCCUACCUCUUGGGACUCACCAUUGUCGUCUCCAUCGUGCACAGCAUUUUUGAGUUUCUCGCAUUUAAGAAUGACAUCCAGUUUUGGAACAGCCGACAGUCUUUGGAAGGCCUCUCUGUGCGCUCCAUUAUCUUUGGAGUGUUCCAGUCACUGAUAGUUCUUCUGUACAUUCUUGACAACGAGACCAACUUUGUGGUGCAGGUCAGCGUCUUUAUCGGCCUUCUGAUUGACUUCUGGAAAAUCACAAAGGUGAUGGAUGUAAAAUUUGACAAAGAGAGAAAAAUUGCAGGAGUCAUCCCCAGACUUGUUUUCACAGACAAGUCAACAUAUGUGCAGUCUUCUACCAAAAUCUAUGAUGAUAUGGCCUUCAAGUACUUGUCGUGGCUGCUCUACCCUCUAUUUGGCUGCUAUUCUGUGUACAGUUUAUUGUACGUCGAACACAAAGGCUGGUACUCAUGGGUACUCGGCAUGCUGUACGGCUUCUUGCUAACCUUUGGUUUCAUAACAAUGACGCCGCAGCUAUUCAUCAACUACAAAAUGAAGUCGGUGGCUCACCUCCCGUGGAGGAUGCUCACCUACAAGGCUCUCAACACUUUCAUUGAUGACCUGUUUGCCUUUGUCAUCAAGAUGCCCAUGAUGUACAGGAUAGGAUGCCUCAGAGACGAUGUCGUCUUUUUCAUAUACCUUUAUCAGCGCUGGAUUUAUCGAGUGGACCCCAAUAGGGUCAAUGAAUAUGGCACCAGCGGAGUGGACCAAGUUCAGAACAAGAAGACAGAACCAGCUGAGGCCGCUGAGGCCACUGCAGCCAUCACGGACAAAGCAGAUGGGGAGAAGAAGAACGAUUAAGCCAGACAAAGCCCUGUUCCGCCUCCCUGGCUCUCUGCGCCGGGGCAAAGAGGACUUGUGGUAUUCUGGCAGACGGGGCGGUCAGUCUGUCAUGGAUGCCGCUAAAAAAAGAAAAAAAAAAUGGAGUUUAACUGUCCCCCUCUGGCUCCUAUGCAGAGAAUCAUCUUCAGUGUAGACUUGGUACAUUUUUAUUUCUAUCCCCCGCCCUCUCGUUUUACAGUUCAAGUGAAGUAAAAACAAAACGUGAUGUACUGUGAUCUGUUUGGUUUUCCCAGGGCAACAAUGUCUUGAUUGAAAUAGAGGCUGGCAGGGUUUGAAGGGCUUUGUUUAUUUCAAACACGGAAGAAGGACAUUUGCAACUUUUCUUCUUUGUGUAAAUUCCUUGUGAAUGUUUUUUUCAUUUCAUUCCAUGUGAGCACAUGUAGAUUUGUUGGAGGAAAACUGGAAAAUCCUCUGGAUGAAGCCGAAAGGACAUCAGCCACUACCCUCGAUUUUAAUCAAAUUGGUAAUGUCCUAAACUGGAACAGAAAAAAAGCCGCCCUGUUGGUAUUAAUAUAAAUAUUAAUAUUGUCAA